AUGGCUGGCCAAGGGCAUCAGUUCCCUGGCAAUUUCCAAGCGAAUGCUGCUGGUAUGCGUUCUGGAUUCGGUGCCGGACCCAUGACUGGACAAAUGCAGGCUAUGCCGAAUCAAUUAGCAGGAGUAAUGGGCGGGCCCAUGGCUAACUCUGGUGGUAUGGUGGGCAUGGGUAAUCAAAUGGUACCAUCCUAUGGAGCUACCAUGCAGAACCAGAUGGGAAACAUGGGUAUGGGACCUCAGGGUAUGGGAGUUGGAGUCAAUGCAGGGCCUGGUACCGGCAUGGUUCCUCAACAAGUUCAACAGUCAGGCAUGCAGACUGGCGGUCCAGUGUCAAACAACACAGCACCACCCCCAGCUCAGCCCCCGGCUGCACAGCCACCACAGAACAAGGAGUUCAACACUGCAUCAUUGUGCAAAUUUGGGCAGGAGACAGUGCAAGAUAUUGUGAGCAGAACCCAGGAUGUUUUCCAGACUUUGAAAGCAAUUCAGCCACCAAAUGGUACACACAGUGGUGAAAAUACAAGUAAUGAGAAGAAAGCGAAAAUGCAAGAACAGCUGCGCACAAUCAGACUCCUGUUCAAGAGGCUUCGACUUAUAUACGAGAAAUGUAAUGAGACAUGCCAGGGCAUGGAAUAUACUCACAUGGAAAGUCUAAUACCACUGAAGGAUGAAGCAGAAAAUAAGGCGUUGGAUGAAAGAAGGAACACUGAAUCAUACAGGCUAGCGUUAGAGGAGAAUAGAGAACUGACAGAGCAGGUGGUGUUAAAAAAUAAGCAGUUAAAGGAAGUGAUAACAAACUUGAGGACAAUCAUAUGGGAGAUUAACGUUAUGUUAACGAUGCGGCGGUCAUAA